AUGCAAAUGGAUUCAUCAUCUGAUGUAGCAACAAUUGACCUGACACUUCCAACAUCUGAUACACAAAUAAGUUCUUCCAAUGAUGACAAGAUGUCUUGCAUAGUGAAGACAAAAAUUGGUCGUCAUGGUCUUGAACAAUAUUAUGAAGAUUUUAAAGAGUAUAUUGCAGGUGAUCUGAAAGGUAAAACAUCUGCCACGUGUAUUUUAUGCAAAGAAACUGUUUGGGAUGUGAAAAAUUCUACGUCAAAUUAUUGUCGUCAUUUACAACGUAAACAUAAAGCUGAAUAUGAUUUGUGGUCAAAAAAUACAUCAGAUAAAGAAAAACACGUGGACAAGAUGAAACAAAUUUCUUUAGAAGAUAGUUUAUCUUCGUCUUCUCAUACAUCAAAAUAUGGGCCAGUUCAUCCUCGUCAAGUGGAAUUAACUCGAAUGGUUUUUAAUGACUUUAUCAUUGGAUUAGAUUUACCAUUAUCAAUUACUGAAAAACCUGCAUUUAUUCAAGCUAUGAAAACAGUUGAUCCAAAAUUUCAUGUUCCAUCUCGACGGUCAAUCACAUCUGAUUAUUUACCAAAAUUACAUGAACAGAUUACUAACAAUUUGAAAAAAGCAUGUUCAUCAGCUGAUUUUCUUUCAUUAACAUUUGAUGGCUGGACGGAUCGUCGUAUGCGAGCAUUUUAUGCUGUUACAAUGCAUUAUAUUGAUCAAACGGGACAAAUAAAAGCACAUUUACUCGCUUUUAAUCCUCUUUCUGGUAAUCACACUGGUGAAAAUUUGUUUAUGGAUUAUGAUCGUGCUUCAACAGCAUUUUCAAUUACAAAUAAGAUUGUUCGACUUAUAACAGAUAAUUCAUCAAAUAAUUUAUCUGCAUUUGGUGAAUUAGUAAUACCAGGUUUCGAGUCAUAUUUCAUAACUGAAGAUGAUACAGUAGGAAGUGAUGAUGAUGAUCUACAUAAAAUAAACUUGAGCGUGUCCGAAGGACAUUGUCCUGAUGAUAAUGAAACUAUUAUAACUAGAUGGAAUUCACAGUUUAUUACAGUUUCAAAAAUUGUUGAUAUACCUAAUGUAUUUCUAAACGACCUUCUAACAGAACAAAAGAAAGGUGAAUUAGUACUUUCGAUGAAAGAUUUAGCUGUAUUACGUGAAUUUAUCUCAAUUUUUACAUUAUUUGCCGAGGCUACUACUCGAACACAAGCCGAAAAAUGUGUGUCUAUAUCACUUGUAGUACCAAGUAUACUUGGAAUACAUUAUGAUUUAGAAAAUGAAUUAAAAUUAUACAAAUAUACAAGUUCAUUAUGUAAUGCACUUUUAAAAUCAUGA